AUGACAGAUAUAUAUAGUUUGCAUACAGAAGAAGAAACAGGUUCUUCGAUAGAUGUAUCCGAUGCUAAAAAUUAUAUUGAAAAAGAUGAGAACGAUGUUAUAUCGUUGGAUCCAAAGGAUUUAGCAAAAGUUUAUUCUAAACAAAAUGGUACUUUGUCUCGUAUGACUACAAGAGAAAUUCAAGAAAAUGAUUCAAGUGAUAAUUCAGAUAUAGAAAAUUUUAAAGAUAAUAACGAUAGUAUUAGUACUAGUAGUGCGGCGCCUUAUACUUUAUUGAAUUAUAGUCAGAAAUGGGUAAUGGUAGCCAUAUUAACCAUGUGUGGGUUUUGGUCUUCCUUAGCUUCACCAAUUUAUUAUCCUGCUUUGAAACAAUUAGAAAAAGAAUUUAAUUUGAAUGAAGAUAAAGUCAACGUUACUGUUGUCGUAUAUCUAUUAUUCCAAGGUAUUGCUCCAACUUUUUCAGGUGGAUUGGCAGACGUUUAUGGUCGUAGACCAAUUAUAUUGGGUGGUAUGAUCAUAUACGUUGUAGCAUCAAUUGGUUUAGCUAAUGCUCCUUCUUAUGGUGUUAUUUGUUUCUUAAGAAUUAUUCAAAGUAUUGGUAUUUCUCCAACAAUUGCUAUUAGUUCGGGUGUUGUAGGUGAUUAUACUUUGAAACAUGAAAGAGGUACUUUCGUAGGUGCAACCUCUGGAUUUGUUCUGAUUGGUCAAGGUAUUGGUCCUCUAUUAGGUGCUGUUAUUGCCGCUAGAUGGGAUUGGAGAGCUAUCUUUUACUUUUUGGCAAUUGGUUGUGGUGUUUCAUUUAUUUGCGGUUUUAUUUGUUUACCAGAAACAAAGAGAACUUUAGUUGGUAAUCUUUCUAUUAAACCAAAACAUAUUUGGAGUAAAGCUCCGAUUACUCUUUUGCCCUCAGUACAAAAAAGAUUAAAAUACGAUAAUCCAGAUUUGGAAACCUUAGAUAAAAAUAUACCCUCAUUAGAUUUAAUUGGUGCCCUUAAAAUCACUGCACAACCUGAAAUUAUCUUGGCAUUAUUCCCAGCAGGUUUACAAUUUGCCAUGUGGACCCUAAUGUUAUCAUCUAUUUCAUCCGGUUUAAGUGUAGCUCCAUAUAAUUACAACUUACCAAUCAUUGGUGUAUGUUAUCUACCAGCUGGUAUUGGUGGGUUAUGUGGGUCUUUCUUAACAGGCAGAAUCAUUGAUUAUUAUUACAAGAAAGCAGUUACCAAAUUCGAACAAGAUAAAGCGGAUGGAACAAUCUCACAGGAUACCAAGUUCAAUACUUUCAAAGUACGUCUACUCUGUGUUAUACCCCAAAAUUUCCUUGCUGUGAUAUCUUUCUUAUUAUUCGGUUGGAGUAUCGAUAAAGGUUGGAAAAUUCCUGCUGCUUUGAUUACAUCAUUUGUUAGUUCAUAUUGUGCAAUGAGUACUCUAUCUACAAUGACUACUCUUUUGGUUGAUUUAUAUCCUGGGAAAUCGUCGACAGCUAGUAGUUGUUUCAAUUUUGUUAGAUGUUCAUUGAGUUCGAUUUUCAUGGGUUGUUUCGCUGAUAUGAAACAAUCAAUGACAGUAGGAGGCACUUUCAGUUUCCUAAUUGCUUUAUUAUUCUUAGCAAACGGUUUGACUUUCAUUCCAAUCAUGUAUGGGAUGAAAUGGAGGGACGAAAGAAUAUUGAAAGAAGAAAUGAAAGCACAAUUGAAAGCUGAAAAGGAUCUUGAACGUCUGGAUUAA